GGAGGAGGAGGAGGAGCAGCCUGCAGCAGUGAAGGAGGAGGAGGAGGAAGAAGAGGAGGAGGAGGAGGAGAAGGAGGAGGAGCAGCCUGCAGCAGUGAAGGAGGAGGAGGAGAAGGAGGAGGAGAAGCCGGCAACAGGGAAUGAGGAGGAGGAGGAGGAGCCUGCAGCAGUGAAGGAGGAAGAGGAGGAGUAUGUGGUUGAGAAGGUUUUGGACCGCAGAGUGGUGAAGGGAAGAGUAGAGUUUCUGCUGAAAUGGAAGGGGUUCUCAGAUGAGGAUAACACAUGGGAGCCGCAAGACAACCUGGACCUGGACCUUAUCACAGAGUACCUGCAGAAACACGAGGAGAAGGAGGAGGAGAAGAAGAAGGAGGGCAAGAGGAAAGGUGUCAGGGAGGCUUCGGGAGACUCAGAGGUGCGAGGGAGCAAGAGUAAGAAGGAGGAGGUGAGUGAAAGAAAGAGGUUACUCCAGACUGAAGAGACCCAGAAAUCUAAUCUCAAUAUUGAUGAAUGUUAAUACAGCAGCGCAAAAUAGGGAGGAAUUUAAAUGAUGUAUUAAAGAUGUUAUAAUAACAUAACAGUAAUAAUUUAUUUUACCAGUAAAUUGUUGUUAAACGACAAAAACUGAUGAGAAAAGAAUAUUUUACAGUAACUUUGAAUGUACCAUGAGGUUUACCCAUUUCAAG